GCCACCCUUUCGCUGUUAGUACAGAUACGAAGCGUACUUGCUCUUUGUUCAGCGAGGAUUGUUGGAGCAAAAAUGACAGAGUUGCCCAUAAAAACGUUGUAUUAAUUAUAUGUAUAAUCUGAAAUCAGCGUAAAUCGGACAUGGACAAGAAAACACCACAAAUUAAAUGUAUUCGUGGCUGGUCAGUUAUAGCGCUCUUACAAUACAGAGGCAUUCAUAAAGGCCACACCAUGGAAAUAAACAGCCACGGAGCAUUGAUAGAAACUUAAAACUAAUCUCAAACAACGAAAAACCCCGUGGAAUAGGACUGUGUUAGUGCUUCACUGGGAAAGUUUUGGAGGUUCGUGAUAACAGCGCCGCCAGGCAGGCAUGUGCAGAUAGGAUUUAUUAGAAAAUGAGGAUUGGACGUGAGCUACGUGCGCAUCCAGGGGUUGACGAGAUGACAUGGAGAGGCUGGAAAACACGGACCUUUUAAAAGCACACGGAACCGAGAAUAUCUGCUCAGCGUCAGACAGAGUCACGAACGGCUGUUGUGAGCCUCAUGCGGUGAGUAAAAUGGGUCUGAACGCGACCACGGCGGAGGAGCUGUUGGCAGAUCACGCGUCCAGAUCGGAAUCCGGUAUUACGGUUCUGAAGAACGAGUCUAAAAGCGGAUUGCCAUUGUAUAAUGGCGAAGGACGGGUGUCCCCGGCAGCUACUACUGAAGGAAGUUAUCAUGAUGUUCCAGUGCAGAAACACAGCGUGUAUUCACAUCUAAACGGACUACUGGUGGAGACCCCCAGUGGGGGUCACAUGGGACAUGCAGACAGGACACUCUUGCCUGGUAAAAGACCUUGUGGAGAUGUUAGAUUCAGACACCUCCAGCAUCAGAGGAGAAGAGAUGAGGAAAACUCAGGGAUCGGGGCCCUUUGCGGCGGUCCUGGAACGGGGGCCGGAUCUAGCGGUUCUUCGGAAACAUCCCAUGGACCAGACACUGUCUACCCUCUGCUCGAUUGCAAAAGGAGGAGGCUUGAAACGGACCCCAAAACAGACACUAGCAAAUGCACAAGGGCCAUUGCGCCCCUUUCAGCCAGUAACCAACACAAAAACUGCAGUGUUACAAGCCCCAUAUCCUCCCCUAGUUGGGUACAUCACAAUGGGCAUAAAGUUGCAGUGAACCAUGCACCAGGGCAGGCCAGUCAGGCUGAGGUGCAGUCCAUGACCACCAGUGCAGGUUGUUCCCCAGAGCACAUGGCUCAGCGGUAUAUAGUGCCCUGUAUGAAGUUUUAUGGCAUUUGUGUUAAAGAUGGCUUCCUGGGCUCUCGAUGUGGGGAAAAGGUUCUGGAGGAAGUGGAGACUCUAAAUCACAGUGGGAAGUUUCGAGGCGGGCAGCUGGUGAGCCAAAAGAACAUCCCUUCUAAGAACAUCCGUGGAGACCAGAUAGCCUGGGUUGAUGGCAACGAGCCAGGCUGCGAAAAUAUCGGUGUCCUCAUGGCUCACAUUGAUGAAGCCAUAAUGCGCAGUGCAGCCAAUGGACAGCUGGGUGACUAUGUCAUCAACGGCCGCACCAAGGCCAUGGUGGCAUGUUACCCUGGUAAUGGAACAGGAUACGUGAGACACGUGGACAAUCCUAAUGGUGAUGGACGUUGCAUAACUUGCAUCUACUAUCUCAACAAAGACUGGGAUGUGAAGGUUCACGGAGGUUUAUUGCAGAUCUACCCUGAGGGUCGUAGUGUCGUUGCUAAUAUAGAGCCUUUCUUUGACCGUCUGCUCAUCUUUUGGUCAGAUCGACGAAAUCCACAUGAGGUGAAACCAGCUUUUGCCACACGCUACGCCAUCACCGUUUGGUACUUUGAUGCAAAAGAGCGGGCAGAAGCCAAGGAGAAGUAUAGACUGGCUAUAGGACAGAAAGGAGUUCAAGUGCCUGUCACUCAGGGCAACGUGACCUGAAUCGCAGCCAGCUGAGGGAGCAUUCGAGUGUGUCCUGUUCUUGUGUAUGCCAACCCACACUGCUACGUGAUUGGCCGAUUCAAGAGGAGAUGCAGGAAGCACAACAAACAUGCCUCUGUGGAAUCAAACACCCAAUUGGAAACAUCUCCUUUGAUUUUUGUUGGUCCUCUGAGUGCACAAAAGACUGUUUUUGAAUGAAGACCACUAACAGAGCUGUCUGUCGAAUUUGGGAUGUUCACGACACUGAAAGGCUGGUGGAAAUUGCUGAUUUUUCUCACCCUGUGGAAAGUCAAGAGAAGAAAUGUCACAGUAUAAGAAUGGACCAAAGUUACUGUAUUUUCUGUAAUAAGAAUUAAAAUCUCCACCCUUGCUUUUCACAAAUGAACACCCCUGUGAGUAAGUGGGUUAGAUGAGAUUUGUCCUUUGGGCUUGUGGCCUUUUCACUAACGCAGAUUGACAGGAAAUGAGGAGGAGAGACCGGCAAAUCAAACGUGUCAUAUCCUGUUCAUCCCAGUGAAUGUGUAGCCAAAUUAAAGGAAUAUUUCACCCAAAAAUGAAAACUCUGACGUUUACUCACACACAUGUUGUGCCAAAUCUUUCUUUCUUCUGUGGAACACGAAAGGAGAUGUACUCAGUCACCUUUUACUUUCAUUGCAUCUUUUUUUCCAUACAAAGAAGUGAAUGAUGACUGAGGCAACAUUCUGCCAAACAUCUCCUUUUGUGUUCCACUAAAAGAAAGUUAUACAGGGUUGGACCUGCAUGAGAGUUAUUAAAUGAUGACAAAAUGCUUUAACACUGAGUUCUGAAUAGGCCAUGAAAAACGGCUUAUUAAUAGUAACAUAAAAUAUGAAUAUAACAUAACAUAAAAUAACAAACAAUGACGUUGUACAAAACAUAUCAGAAGUGAUCAAAGUCCAUAAUGAUAACCUGUUUUUGGAACUGAAAACUGGGAAACCUUUAAGGGUGAAUCCAUGAAGAAUAGCUGUCUGCUUUGCUCAAGGAAUGCUGCAAAUCAGGUGAUGCCACAAACACGCCCAUAAAGUUAAUGGGGAAAUCAGAUUGGUUGUGAGUUAUACGUUGUGGGAAUGCAGCAGAUCACCGUGAUCUGGCACACACUGGGACAGUACAGCAUCCUCCACCAUUGUGAUCCAGACAAUUGAAAAAGCUUUUUAAAAUGCAGGAAGUAGGCUUGACUACAACACACAUCUGAAUAUGCCAUCAUUUGAUCAUCAUUUGGUGAAUUACUGCUGCAAAAACAUGUAAACACGUGCGCAAAAUAACACCUGCUUUCUGCGGGCAGGUAUAACGUCACAUUAAGUGCGGUAAUAAAAUAUGCUGAAGUUUGAGAAUGUGCCGCAGUCUCUGAAGAGCCUCAUUUGUAUAGAAAGGAGAUGUGUUUGCCCAGACAUGAAUUACAAUUAUUUAAAUAUUCAUGGCGCAGCACUGUAUUUGUUCAUUUAGAGCCUUGUAAAGUUCACCCCAAAAUGAAUGUUAACAUUGAGAAUUGUAGCCUCAGUCACAUCUUAUUAUGUGUUCCACAGAAUAAAGGAAGUCGGAUGGGUUUCGAACAAAGGUGAGUCAGACUCAUCACAAUGAAUUCGGCAACAAUAUGUUCAGACUUGAACCAAUGCCCCCAGUAGACGUAGAUGGUAGUGCUGUUGAGGUGAAAUGUUCACAGAGUGGCGCUAAAAGCGAGUUUUGUUUUUAGUUGUAAAUAAUGUAAUACAGUCAACAGGAAUGUAUGUUUUAUUAACUCUAUCCCCAACCCUAAACCUAGCGGUCAGUGGUAUACAUUUUUUAUUCUAGAGCAAAAAUGCAACCUCCGAAUCGAGCUCGCCAUUGUUUGUGUGAAUGCAAUUACUUCCUGGUUUCCAACUGACCAGAACCCGUGUCUCUGAGGCUGCUCAAAGUAAACAUUUAUAGCUAAUAAAAACCCAUUGCCUCUCCUUAAUUUACAAUUUGCAAAAUGUGUGUUGUGCAACACAAAAAGAUGUGUGAUUGUGACUGUUUCUAAUCUAUGUGUGUAUGUGAAAUAAUGAAAAACAAAAUUGUCUCUUUCUGGCUUAGUCCAGCAUGUAACACUGUUUCUCUGUACUAGAUACUCCCAGGCUGUAGUAUAGCGUAAUACUGCUGCAUGCUAGCUCAGCUUUAAAGAGUUGUUGCUUGUUUAAGGGGAUGCACUUAACUGAGUCACUUUUGAAAGAGAGGUGACAAUCUCCUCUUUGCCUCAGAGGCGCUUUACAACAAAUUGCUAAAAAUAGGGCUCUCCACAAAUUAUGGCCACAUUUCUUAGUAGGUGACCUGGACAGUUCAACACCCUCAUUCUACCAGGUGUCCAUUUGUACACCUCCCUUGUGCCUACAACUCCCAGAGAGCAUUGCAGUUUCAACCGACAUUUUAAGAGGCUAUGUUUGGAAUUGAAAACUACCUUACUGCAUACUUCAUAGCUAUGCGUUUACUGGAAACUAAUUGCACACCUUAGAACGUCCCUCGACCAAUCAGAAUCAAGCAUUCAACAGACCCGUGGUAUAAUGAUAAACAUUUCAAACAGGUAUGCUACAAUUAUAUCCCACAUUACUUACAUAUUUAAUUCAGCAAGUGUCAUCUUGUUAUAAUCUCGGAUAUAGAAGUUAUGCAUUUUUUAUACAGUUUUGAAAAAAGAAAAUGCUUUAACUCUUGACAGUAUGAUCAAACUUGAAUCAGAAAGGAGAUGUAAAAAACUGUGGUUGAUAUUAUGGUUCAUUCUGCACACUGCAAAAUGAGGAUGUCAUCCAGGUAUUUCAUGUUAACAAAUAAUGUACAUUCUACUAUAAACUGCAAAUAAAGUAAAAGUAUUAUGUUAGCAUGCUAUUCUGAACAUAGCCACAGUCUGAGAACUUUCAUAAUGGAAAAUAAGACUUAAUGUAAAGAAACAGCACAGAACAGGUGAUUUUUCAAAAAUGAAAAAAAAAACUGGACAACUUUUCUCCAAGCAUACUAUGACAGAUGGAGAAUAUACUGUAGGAUUGACAUAUUCUGUGUAUGUGUGCCAUAGGUGGCCCGAGAAGUGAACAGUAAAGCACUUUAUCAUACAAUGUGUGAUGUUUGAAUGAGAGUGAAUGAAACAAAAGCUAUGGAAAGAAAAUGCUUUGUGCCAUUUAACAGUAUAAAAACCUAAAUCAACUGAGAAAACAAAAUGAUGUUUGCUUAACCUGAGUUUUGCAGUAUUUAAUUAAAAUGUGUCAGAUUUUAUACA